AUGGGCCGGAAGCGGCUCAUCACUGACUCCUACCCCGCAGUGAAGAGGCGGGAGGGGCCUGCCGGGCACAGCAAGGGGGAGCUGGCAGCCGAGCCAGGGGAGGCGCCCCAGUCCCCCGGCGGGGAUGUGGAAGAAGUGGAGCUGGAGUUGCUGAGGCAGUUUGACCUGGCCUGGCAGUACGGGCCCUGCACAGGGAUCACACGGCUGCAGCGCUGGCAUCGGGCGGAACAGAUGGGCUUGGACCCUCCCGCAGAGGUGCACCAGGUGCUCAAGACCCACCCCGGAGACCCCCGCUUCCAGUGCAGCCUGUGGCAUCUCUAUCCCCUUUGA